GUCUCGUCUUCAAUCCUGGCAACCGCCACCUUUGUUUUGUAUAAAAUAUAUCCUGGCUAGCUUGGAGUUCAAGAACGACCAAACUUCCCUCAACAUCGAACCCUCGGCCCUCCGUCCAUCGCGCAUUAAAAUGGCCUCUCCUCAGCCUGUAGAUAUCGCAUACCAGCUGCCCACCACACUCCAGUCUAUUCAAAGCGGCUGGAUUGCAUCAUCGCAGACCGCCGCGACCGUCUCUGCCCUCAUUGCAGCAGGGGAUAGCCAACUCCUCUCGUUCAUGAAAGGGAUCAAUAUCACGGACCCGUCAGAAUCCUUUGCAUCCCACCCUGCGGCCUACAGCGUCAUGCUUGGCUUCCUAUACACCGGAUUAUUCCUCAGCAUAAGCGCGACAGUUACUCCCCUUAUAAUUACGGAAAUGUUUAGCGAACUCCCGUUGAGCGCAGCCCGUAGGAGAGCCGACGCAGCUGUGAGAGAUUCGCUCCACAACGAAGGAAACAUAUCAGAGAGUGUGCCUGCCCUACUUCGCAGAUAUGGGAUGAGAAAGGGUCUGAGACCGGUACAGUGGCAUUGGUUCUUCUGCUUUAUCUUCGGCAUCAUACUAUCAGUCUUGAGCAUCUGGAUCUACGUUAUCAUUGAAGAGUCACUAGCUAUGAAAAUCCUAAUAAGCUUCGUCGUCGCCUUCUCACUAUGGCCAUGCUUCAACUUCUACGUGAAGACAGACAUUACUUUACCGGGCGUACCCGCCCAGACAUAUCCCUUUGAUAAGGCUGCAGAAUACCCUUAAACAAAACCGUGCGACCCUGAUGACUUGUACUUACAGUUGUGG